AUGUCGACUGCAUUGGUGGAGGACGCGCUUGCGCCCACGCUCCAAAACAUCCUGGACCAAAAGACCCUCAAGUGGCUCUUUGUCGGCGGCAAGGGUGGCGUGGGCAAGACCACCACCUCGUGCUCGCUCGCCAUCCAACUCUCGAAAGUGCGCGAGUCGGUGCUGCUCAUCUCGACGGAUCCUGCGCACAACCUUUCGGAUGCUUUCGGACAAAAGUUUGGCAAGGAGGCCACCAAGGUGAACGGCUUCGACAACCUGUCGGCGAUGGAGAUUGAUCCGAACUCUUCCAUCCAGGAGAUGAUUGAGCAGUCGGACAGUUCGGGCGGGGCGAUGGGGCAGAUGAUGCAGGAUCUUGCGUUUGCCAUCCCUGGUGUGGACGAGGCGAUGGGAUUCGCCGAGAUCAUGAAGCACGUCAAGUCGAUGGAGUACAGCGUGAUCGUAUUCGACACGGCGCCUACCGGUCACACGUUGCGCUUCCUCUCGUUCCCCACGGUGCUCGAAAAGGCGCUGGCCAAGUUCAGCACGCUCGGACGCAGCUUGGGACCGAUGCUGGGACAGUUCCAGUCGAUGCUCGGUGGGGGUGGUGGUGCGAAUCAGGAGGACAUGUUUGCGAAGCUCGAGAGCAUGCGCGAGGUGAUCAGCGAGGUGAACACGCAGUUCAAGGAUGCGGACAAGACGACGUUUGUGUGCGUGUGCAUCGCCGAGUUCCUGUCGCUCUACGAGACGGAGCGGCUGAUCCAGGAGCUGACGCAGUACGAGAUCGACACGCACGCCAUCGUGUGCAACCAGCUGCUCUACCCGAGCAAGGGCUCCAACUGCCAGCACUGCAAGGUGCGCAAGCAGAUGCAGGACAAGUACCUCAACGAAAUGGCCGAACUCUACGCGGACGACUUCCACAUUGUCAAGAUGCCGCUGCUCACCGAAGAGGUGCGCGGCACCGAGAAGCUCAAGUCGUUCAGCAACAUGCUCAUCGAGCCGUACACGCCGCCAUCCGAGUAA